AGAUACAUUAUAGAAAGCUAUAUAGGUUAUGAAUAUUAUUUGAUUUAAAUUAGUUUGUUUCCGUUCGUCACUAAAAUAUAACGCGAAAUGGUUAACACAAAUUACGUACUUUUUAUAUCAUCUUUAAUAUGUAUGAUAAUUCAAGUUUCCCUGUUUCUAAAGUGUAUUCUUGUGUUUGAUAAGUUAAUAUUAAACGAAAAUGUAAAAACUUUGGACGUGGCCAAGUUAAAGUUUGAAGCUUAUUUGAAAGAUUUUAAUAAGACUUAUUAUGGUUUCGAACGUGAUGAAAGGUUCGAGAAUUUUAAGAACUCAUUAAAAAACAUAGCCAGAUCAAAUGCACUAGAGGGCAGCACAGUGUUUGGUUUGACAAAGUUCUCAGAUAUGUCGCCACGAGAAUUCAGGGAUACGGUACUGGAUAAUUAUAUGGAUUUCUCUAUGUGCACUAAAUUGUCACUUGACUGUGUUGAUAAUUAUGAAACUUCUGACCAGGAAAUUGUUUAUAACAAAGAACCUCCCAGCUCUUUUGAUUGGCGACCAAAAGGGGUGGUGAAGCCGAUUUUGAACCAAAAGAAGUGUCUAGGAUGUUGGGCCUUUGGCAUCGUCGGGGUUGUGGAGUCCAUGUCCGCCAUACGAGGACUUGAUCACAAGAGUCGGAGCAUCCAGGAAGUGCUGGACUGCUCCGUCUAUACCAGGGGUUGUCGAGGAGGCAGCGUCAGUAGAGCACUCAGAUAUCUCUGUCAGGAUAAAGUUCCAAUUGUGACGGAGCAGGAAUACCCCCUGACCUUGGGCUUGGAGAAAGACUGCAAGUUGGCCCCGCAUUCUACUGGCAGACUCAUUCGUCAUUUUGAUUAUCAAUGCAAAGUCAGCGAAACUGCCAUGAUGGGUCAGAUAGCGUUCCACGGACCGCUCAUCGCCACGGUAGACGCUACGAACUGGAUCAAUUACAUCGGUGGAGUCAUUCAAAGAGCUUGCACGCGCGGCAUAGCAAAUCACGUGGUUCAAAUCGUAGGUUACGUGAAAAAUGCGGAGAUACCGUACUUUAUCGUCAGGAACUCUUUCGGGGAAGACUUUGGUGAAAACGGAUAUGUGAAGGUCGCCAUGUUUGAUGAUAUCUGCGGGAUUGCUGACCGGGUCACUAAGCUUGAUGUCAUGUAGAGAAAAUGGGGUAGAAAGAGCCAGGGGUAGGUUGGACCAUGACAAUGAAAUGAAAGAUAGAAAAAAAUAUUGGCACAACACAAAUAGGGAAAAAGUACAUACGGACGUUUAUGUUGUCGGUGAAAAUGGGUAUGAUGAUACAUAAAGAUAAACACAUUUUUUUUAAGUAACAGAAAUUGCUACUGUACGUAAUAGCUUUACUGUUCUGUAAGCGUAGGUACAAUAUUAAUAAGUAUUAUUAAUAACAUUUAUACAUAUUAAUUCAACCGUGUUGCAUGAGUUGUGUAUUAAGUAAUUAACUAAUAAAUUGGCUAUUUAAUU